CUGCGCAGCCCGAGCGCCGGAUUGAUCCACUUCAAACACGUGUUGUAAAGCGGAAACAACGGACUGAAACAGCGCGAGAAGCUUUCGAUUCUAUCUCACUAAUAAUCCAAACAAACGAGAGCUUGUCGUCGUCCUGGAGCUUUACAGAAUAACGCGGAGCUUGAAUUACUCCCUACCAAGUAUGAACAUCCACGUGGGAUACAGCUUUACGCAUCCAGCCAACGCCAGCAGUUUCGAUUUUCAAACGUAAACAUCCGCCGGGCAGUUCCCGUCCAUGUGUGCGCAGACACUUCACUAUGCUACCCAUGUUCAGGAUAAGUCUUUCGGUCCAAAACAGAGGACAUGCCAUUCCCAGCUAAUGGUCAGUUAUGAUGCAACUGGAGCGGAUUUUAUUUAACCCCAAGUGCUUUGUCAAGGCGUCAGCGUUACUAAAGAUGCGAAUGGGUUAGCACGCAAGCUAACUUGGCUACGAGAGCUGUUUGUUUGUGUAACUACAUACUCAACUAUGUCGUUUGACAUCACAAAUAAUAAGUCAGAAUAUAUAUAAUCCAUUUUGGCAAACAAAGGUGACAGUUUCACAAUCGGACAUCCUUAUUAUGGGUCUACUGAACUUUGUUUUUACUUCAGUUGGAAUAUGCAUAGAUGUCAUUUGCCUCCUUCUGGAUUUAAAUUUUGUGAUUGUAAACUCAAUAAUUCAGCUGUUGGUGGCAGUGAUUUCCUUUGUCAAUAGUUUGCCCAUGCUACUCACAAAUUCAGUGUCGGAGUGCUGGAAUCUCACUCUGCUUUGCAUCAUCACCAUGAGGGACGGAGUGGCCUUUGUGACCCAUAACAUGGUCGGAGGCUGGAUGCAGCUGCUGGGAGGCGUCCUGGAAAGCUUUAAGAUGAUCGGAUACCUGUCUUCGCAUCUACUGCUCCGCACCAAAGAGCUUCUCCACCGCGGGCUAUUGUCAGGACAUGGUUUUCUGCGACAGGCCUGGGAAGGCUGUGGAAUUGUGUUCAGCUUGUUGCUGUAUUUCAUCAACACGAUCAUCAACUUGCUCCUCAUUGGCACGCAAAAUUUAUACUCUGUGUUGGUCAGCGCGGUGGAAGCGUUGUCCUGUCCUUUACAGAAAGCUCUUGAACUGACUUUGACGGUGUUGACGUUUCUUUACAGCAGUCUUGUCGGCACCUCCAUCCUGCUGUGGACUCCAUGCAGACUGGCGAUGGAGUUCCUGGGAUCCGUGUGCCAUGUGUUUGUGAGCGUGUUCCUGCUCAACUCUUACGGGCUGCUUCUCACAUUGCUCAUCAUCGCAAGUGCCACUGUAUAUCUAAACCCUGCGCUCCCACGACAUGUAUGUUUGCAUGUGAUCAACUACAUCAACACUGUUCCCAUCAUACGGUGUCUCCGGAGGGCUCUACACCGCCUCUUUGUGCUCGAGAGGAAUUUGUGGCAGCGCUUGGCCUGGUAUCACAGCCAGAUAAUGGUUCCUGCAAGGAUGGAGGUUGCGGAAAGGGACGUUAGACCGCCAGAUCACAACCCCGAGCCUCAAGCUGACCCAAACGCAGCAGGCGAGGUAGCAGAAAACGCACCUGAGGAUGCCCACCAAGUGGACGACCCUCUAGACCUGCCGCUUCCCAGUUCCAGCACUCGCAGGCCACUCCGGAAAUUUCCUUCGGAGGACAGUUGCAAAGGCCCUCCAGCUGACAACCUGCUGAAUCUUCUGCAGGAGCAAGAGGAGAGGAAGAAGUGCGUGAUCUGUCAGGACAGCACCAAGACUGUUGUGCUCCUGCCAUGCCGUCACUUGUGCUUGUGUAGAAACUGCACCAACAUUUUGCUCAGCCAGCCUAUCUACCAACACAACUGCCCUCUGUGCCGCCACAUGAUCCUUCAGACCAUGGACGUGUAUCUCUGAGGGAAGCGUUUACGGAUGUGUUUCUGUCAUCCUCAGGUUUUUGGAGCAGCACUGUUCCUGAAAUGUGGGAAACCACUUUUUCCUUUUUCAUAGAUGGCCAUUCCACUACUGUUGCUUGUAUAGAGAUUUAAAUCACAACCUUUUGUAAAUCGUUAAGGCGAGGCUGACAACAGUGACCGUGCUUUCUCAUGAUUUUAUAUUCAUUGUCACUUUCAGCUUGUAGAAGCAAUAGCACAUGAAUGUAAGCUUUGUAUUAAAAAAAAAAAAAAAAAACAUUAAAAAUGGGGUGUUAAUCUUGAGGAUGGAAGAUUUAUGACGUUAUUGUCGAGUGUUUAUGGGGAACAGUUGUAUGCUACAAUACUAACCUUGGGCCUUAUAGUAUGAAUCGUAAAAGUGAUCAAAGGUUUCAUGGGAACCUUUGAAACCUCACAAUAAUCCACAAGUAAUUUACAUGACCUCACAGUUGUGAAGUGUAAAGCUGUUUUUAUAAUAGGCAGAUCCAUCAAGAUAUUUUUAACUUCAAACCAUUCCAGUCAAGUUCUCUAUCCAUAAUAUUGCUUUCCCCAGUGAAAAAGUUGGCUCAUUUGAAUCAGGGGAGAAAUAUGCACAAAUCAAGCACCAUUUACAAGCAAAAACUAAUGGAUUUGUAUUUUGGCCAAGAGAUGGAUUUGUUUCUUACAUGCAGCUUUUCAGUGUUAAUUGAUGGAUUGAAGUCUUUUCAAGACAGUUACCUCUGGAUUAUUGUGAUGUUUAUGGAGAAUAUUUGUAUAAUACAAUACGAACAUUGGGCCUUAGUAUGAUUUGUUGUCUGCAUAAUUUUUUGUGUGACUGUAAAGGUGAUCAAAGGUUUCAUGGGAGCAUCUACAACAUCAGAUUGAUUUUUUUAUUUUGUAUAUUUUUUAUGUUGGAGAAAAUGUAAUCAUUCCACCAAAGCUGUUUUGCACUCUUUUUAAAUGAGUGUCACUACAAUAUUUUUUUACAAGUUAUUCUACAAUCUGAUGAUGUAUUCGUGCUGUUUUUGUCAUUUAUUAUUGAACAGCAUUAAGGCUUUCUCACUGCUCAAGUGUUAUUGAUUAAUGCAUUUUCAAAUCAAAAUUUUGUCCUUGUUUUUUUUUGUUUUGAGAGACAGUAAUUAAAUUCAAUUCAAUACCGGUAAAAACAGAGUGGAAGAAAGGCUUUUAGCUCAGAUUUGUCCAGAGGAUGUUAGAAAUCACUAUUUUGGAAAACAUCUUAUGCAUUAGAGAAACAAGGUAGAGGCUUUUCUGGUUUCUCAUCUCAAUUAUUUUGGUCAUUUUGGACCCAUUCAGAAAGGCACAAUGUGCAAGACAAUCAGGUGCAUUUAAAAGAAAGAAAAAAAAAACACUUGCAAGGUCCAUGCAAGUUGUUGUCCUUCCUAAAAAAUAUUUUUAAAAAAAUGACUCCAUAUAGUCCCUAAUUAUUUCUGACACUCUCAAUUCUGCACAAUGCAGGUGACAAGCACUAACCCAUGGUUUAUUAUUAUAAUUUUAAGGUUUUUAAAGAAGCUGUGAUUUCAUUCCCUAUUAAGCUCCAAGCCUUUUUUAUUCUUGUACCACAGACAUUUGUUUUCUAUGAAGGUCUCCAGUGAUUAUGUUUGUGGGUAGAGCAGAUGUCUGUCUCUCCAGAGGCCUGUAUAAUAUCAAAACCACAUUCACUGACUAUCCAGAUGAAUAAUAAACAGUAUUUGACUGUG